UAACCGGCGCAGGGAUGCGGCUGUCGGUCAAGCGCGUAGGAUGAUGGCGCCUCCGCCGACGAGUCGGUCUAGAUGCUCGCGACACGGACCGCCGUCUCCAGCCAAGCGUGAGCUGGACGCACCUCGAUGUCGCGCAGGAUGGUCAUGAUGCCCUGGGCGUGAGCUUGGCCGAUGUACAUGGAAGCUUACAUGGAGCUGGCUCGUCUGUCUGCUCCAAGCGCACGACAAGCUCAUCGGACGUGCUGAUGUCCAGCGCAUCACGGAACGCCGCCCCUCCCGCCCAAGAACCCCCUCGCCAUCGUCCUCUCAGCAUUGUUCAGUCGCGCGCGUGCGGGCCUCCUCGCCGACAAGCUACAAGGGUUGGGCCGGCCACACUGCAACGAGACGCCGAGAUCGCCGAGACGCCGACACGUGCCGACAGCAACACUGACCCGCCUGCAGCACGGGUCAGCUGCGUCGACCCCAAGCCGCCCGCUACCACGUCCUGCGCCAGCGCCCGCGCCAUGUCAACGUUUCGUAAUCGCUACCACCGCGGCAAGGAGCUCACCGUGUCGUUCCGCACCACUGUGAGCGAAGUGCUCGACGAGGGUGCAUACGCCGACGUGGCGGUCAACAUCGGCCUCGUCAAGGUGUUGCGGAAGCAAUACGACUUGUGCGAGGAGGCUCGCAACCUCAACACUAGCAUCCAGUGCCCCGCCCAGCAGGGCGAGUACUACGUCGAGCACACUUUUGACCUGGCCAAGACUAUUCCCGAGGCCAAGUUUAACAUCAAAGUCCGCGGCUUCACUGUCAAGGAGGAGCCCCUUGUCUGCCUCGACUUGGUCGUCGACUUUAUCAGGCGUCACGAUUAAGAACAUGGCCCCUUGAGACGCUGCGUCAGUUGCUUGACUAUACGGACAAAUCUCUGAUGAUGAUGCACCUGAAUGUUCCGUG